AUGGCCCGGUUUGCAGACGGAUUACAACGAGACCUGGAGGCCGCUGACCAAUCGGUAAAUUGGUCGAUUGAACAUCACCCUUUACAACAAAAUGGCGAAGCACCUUGGGAGCCUCAAGCAAGUCACGAAAGGCACGAGAUCAUUAUUCACAUUCCCGAUAAAGAAGGACACAGAAGUGGAAUCACACCAACAACUAGCUGGCACUCUCAUGACCAUGAACAAAUGGCUUCUCCCGUCGAGAUUCUUGAUAACGGAUUCAACAAAGAGGAUGGCUUUCAAGUCGGCAAAAUCAGCCAAAUAAAUCACGAAGAAUGUGCGAUUUGCCUCAGCGAUUUUGACUCCGAAUCAGACACAAUCGCCUUGGAUUGCAAGCACCUGUUUCACAAGCAUUGUAUAAAUUGUUGGUUAUACAAAGGCUCGCCGCCAUAUACCUGUCCAGCGUGUCGGGACCCUCUACGCCAAGGUGGCAGAACGCCACCGGUUCCAGAACAUUGUCCUGAAGGCCUACCAGAGACGCCCGUUAUGCUAAGGGAAAUAUCUUGGGACUCAUUUUGGCUAUCACUAUUCUGGCUAUUCUUUUGA